AUGUCUCUCGGUCGAACUGUCAAGCUCAACAACGGACUCGUCAUUCCUCAAGUAGGAUACGGUACCUGGCAAGCUGCUCCUGGCGAAGUAGAGAAAGCCGUCGAAGAAGCUAUCAAAGUUGGAUACAGACAUAUCGAUUGUGCUUUGGUCGCAACAGGUAUCAAAGCCUCCGGUGUACCUCGAGAAGAGUUAGUCCUCGUAUCAAAAUUAUGGAACAAUUCUCACCGACCGGAAGAUGUCGAGGCAGAUUUGGAUUUCACCCUUAAACAAUUGGGCACUUCGUACCUUGAUGUCUACCUCAUUCAUUGGCCAGUAGCUUUCAAACCUGGUAAAGACCUCUUCCCCAAAGAUUCAAAUGACGUCGUAGAACUCGAUGCACCUGCGGAGAAAGGUGGUCCAUCCAUUGUUGAUACUUGGAAAGCCCUCAUCAAGAUCAACAAGGAGACCAAUAAGACGAAGGCUAUUGGUGUAUCGAACUUCACUGUUGAUCAGUUGGAGAAAGUCAUUAGUGCUACCGGUGUAGUUCCAGCUAUGAACCAGAUUGAAUGCCAUCCAAGUCUGAUCCAACCUGAAUUGUUCAAGUACUGCAAAGAAAAGGGAAUUAUCAUCACUGCCUACUCGCCAUUGGGUAACAACAUCACUGGUAAACCCAGAGUGAUCGAUCACCCAGAGAUCAAGAAGAUCGCAGAAAGAUUAGGCAAAUCACCCGCUCAAGUGCUUAUCGCUUGGGUCACUAAACAGGGUUUCGUGGUUAUCCCUAAAUCUGUCACUCCUGAGAGGAUCAAGUCCAACUUCGAAGACUUUGAACUUUCCGAUGCCGACUUUGAGGAGAUCAACAAAGUUGGUUUGGCCAACCAAGUCCGAUCUAAUAUCCCUUACGAGUACGGAACAAGCUGGCCCGUCGAUAUCUUCAGUACUCCCGAGGAGAAAGGUCAACCCAAGGCUUUCUAA